GAUCAUGAAGCGGUUUGCAUUCGAUGACGGCGAGAUGGCGCGCGUGCUGAUGCUCAUGUCGCACGGGCAGCAUCAGGAGCAGGCGGUGGCUCUGCCGCUGCCGGUGCAGCUGCCGCUCGCCGCCGCCGCCGCCGCCGUGCGCAGUGACCGCGCGCCGGAGCGCGCGUUCGUCUGCAAGACGUGCAACCGCGUGUUCCCGUCGUUCCAGGCGCUCGGCGGCCACCGCGCCAGCCACAAGAAGCCGAGGCUGGACGGCGCCGACGGCGACCUCUCGCUCGCCAAGCCCAAGCUGCACGGCUGCUCCAUCUGCGGCCUCGAGUUCGCCAUUGGCCAGGCUCUCGGAGGCCACAUGAGGCGCCACCGCGCCAUGACGGGCGGCAUGCCGCGGGCGAUCGCCGUCGACAAGAAGCCCGACGACCACAGCGACGACGACGGCAGCGGCAUCAAGCGCGGCCUCUGGCUCGACCUGAACCACCCACCGUGCGAUGACGCCGGCGACGACGACUCCGAGUGCGGCCACAAUGUCACCGCCGGGAUCACGUUCCACCAGUUCUUGGAUACCGGAGCCAUGGCCGUUGACUGCGUCGGCUACUAGCUCGAUCCGAUCCAACUCUUCUUGCCGGAUUUUUGCCGGAUACAUAAUAGUACAAUACCUAUGCACCAAUUCAUCUUGGUGCAGUUUCUUUUACUACUUUUUUCUCUUUUCAUUUUGCUUUUUCUGGUUGAGAAAUCCACAUUUUGUAGCGGUAGAUUAAUGCCUAAUGCAACAAAACACAGAGCAUGGCACACGUUUUGGGUGCCAAUGAUCAGAUGCUGUGCUUUGGGGUUAAUUUGGAGGGGAUUACAUCGAGAUAAUUUACCUCCUGGUUCCUGCCAUUUGUGAUCAAAACCCUUUGACCAAGUGGCCUAAUGUAAUUAACUAUCUGAUAUGAGUAAGCUAUGUA